AUGGAUGACACAAUCAAGUACCACGAGCUGCGAGACUUCUCAUUCGGAGAUGGCACAACACUCCCAACCGUCCGCCUAGCCUAUCUCGACCUCAACCCUGGAGCAUCGAAGAAUGCGCUGGUGACGACUUGCUUCCGCGGUAGGCUCCGGGGCACAUCGGCUUUCAACACGGGCGCACUCCGGAAUUACCACGUCGUUGUCGUGGCGCUCUUUGGAAAUGGAGAAUCAUCUAGCCCGUCCAACACGCCGGGGUUCCCCUCAUCCAUCGACUACCGCGACUGCGUCCGCGCGGAGCGACAGCUCCUGAGCCACCUCGGAAUCGACUCCUUGGACGUGGUCAUGGGCUUUUCGAUGGGAGGGCAGACCGCCUACUACUGGUCUAUCAUGUACCCGGAACAGGUCAAGAAUGCCGUCAUCAUAUGCUCUGCUGCUCGCACGAGCCGCCACAACUACCAGUUCCUCGAGGGCCCCAAGGCGGCCCUGACAAACGCCGUCGACUACGUCAACAGAGACCUUGCACCCGCGAGCCCGAGCCCGAGCCGUGCCGUCCAUGCCUUCGGCAAGGCUUACUCCGCCUGGCUCACGAGUGCCGAGUGGUUCGACCAGGAGGGCUACAAGACCCUCGGGUUCAACACCCUCAGCGACUGGGACCACGUCACCUGUCUUGCUGGCUACAAGGGUUGGCACCCUGACGACCUCCUCGCUAAGCUCCACAUGUGGCAGAGGGGCGACAUCACCCCGGUCGACCCCGCUGGCGAUGGCUCGUUGGAGACGUCCCUGUCGCAUAUCAAGGCGCGCGUCCUGCUGCUGCCGUCCCGUACGGACCAGUACUUCCGCUGGGAAGCGAGCGAGAAGGAGUCGAAGAGUAUCCCGAAUGUCAUGUUCAAGGUCAUUCCCUCCAUCUGGGGUCACCUGGCUGGACUCGGAAUCAACCCAACAGAUUCGGAGUUUAUCGAUGGGGCCAUUAGUGAGUUCUUGUCAGCCUCCUAA